CUUCGCCCGCUUUCUCCACUCCAGGCCUAUUCCUCAGUCCCGGUCAGCAACAUGAACUCGGGCCUGGGCUCCAUGAAUUCCAUGAACACCUACAUGACCAUGAACACCAUGACCACAAGCGGCAACAUGACCCCAGCUUCGUUCAAUAUGUCCUACGCAAAUCCUGGCCUGGGCGCCGGCCUGAGCCCUGGCACGGUGGCUGGCAUGCCUGGGGGCUCCGCGGGCGCCAUGAACAGCAUGACAGCCGCGGGAGUGACGGCCAUGGGGUGCAUGAGCCCCAUGGCCUACGCGCCGUCCAACCUGGGCCGCAGCCGGGCCGGGGGCAGUGGCGACGCCAAGACUUUCAAGCGCAGCUACCCUCAUGCCAAGCCGCCCUACUCCUACAUCUCGCUCAUCACCAUGGCCAUCCAGCAGGCGCCCGGCAAGAUGCUGACCCUGAGCGAGAUCUACCAGUGGAUCAUGGACCUCUUCCCCUACUACCGGGAGAACCAGCAGCGCUGGCAGAACUCCAUCCGCCACUCGCUGUCCUUCAACGACUGCUUCGUCAAAGUGGCGCGCUCCCCCGACAAGCCGGGCAAGGGCUCCUACUGGACGCUGCACCCGGACUCCGGCAACAUGUUUGAAAACGGCUGUUACCUGCGCCGCCAGAAGCGCUUUAGCCGAAAGGACCCCUCGGCCUCGGCCAACAGCAGCGGGGACUCACCCCUUCAUCGAGGGGUUCACGGUAAGGCCGGCCAGCUAGAGGGCGCACCGGCCCCGGGGCCCACUGCCAGCCCCCAGACUCUGGACCACAGCGGGGCGACGGCGACAGGGGGCGCCUCGGAGUUGAAGACUCCAGCCUCCUCAGCUGCGCCCCCGAUCAGCUCCGGGCCUGGGGCUCUGGUAUCUGUGCCCCCCUCCCACCCAGUGCAUGGUCUGGCACCCCACGAGUCCCAGCUCCACCUGAAAGGGGACCCCCACUACUCCUUCAACCACCCCUUCUCCAUCAACAACCUCAUGUCCUCGGAUCAGCAGCACAAGCUGGACUUCAAGGCAUAUGAGCAGGCGCUACAGUACUCACCCUACAGCGCCUCAUUGCCUGCCGGCCUGCAACUGGGCAGCACCUCGGUGGCCACCAGGAGCCCCAUUGAGCCCUCAGCCCUGGAGCCGGCCUACUACCAAGGUGUGUAUUCCAGACCUGUCCUAAACACUUCCUAGCUGUCCUAGACUAGGGGUUUGUUUGUCGUGACCAUGCUGGUAGCGGGAGAGGGGGAAAACAGCAGCAAACAAAACCAUACAUACCAAGCUGACGACAGCAGAAUAAAAUACCAACUAUUUUUAUUUCUUUUUUUGUGUGUGUGUGCACAAUCUUUUUCCCAGUGCAAAGGACUGUUACUUUGUUGUUAUUCAAAUGCCUGUGUAUAUCAGUAGGAAGAAAACCGACCCCAAACCAACUGAAUUUUUCCCUGCAAAGUUUAAUGAUCCACAAGUGUAUAUAUCAAAUAUUCCUACUUCCUUAUCCCUUUCUUUCCUCUUUCCCAUCCAGACACAUUCUAGUGUGUGCAGGCUUUAUUUAAAAAAGAAAGAAAGA